UCUGGAUGACAGAAAACAAGAGGAAAUUGUAGUUGUUUUGGUGUAAAUAUUGAUAAUUCUUGACGUUUAAAUUUAAAUCGUUACAUAUUUUGAAACUAUUAUACAGACUUAUAAAAGCUAUUGUGUCAUUUAAAUGAUACGUCAGUUCUUCUGAUGCCAACCAAGAGAUCGCCCUGGAGAUAAAAGAGUAAAUAAUUCUAUAUUAAACAUUAUUAUGCUUGUUUGAGAUCAAUCUGACGACACCGACGUCACUGUCCGUUAUAAACAAGCACACAACAAUGCCAACCAUUCGCAGAACACUUAAAAAUGUGGUUAAGAACUAUUCGGACGCCCAAGUGAAAGUGCGGGAGGCGACAUCGAAUGACCCAUGGGGUCCAUCGAGCACGCUGAUGUCGGAGAUCGCGGACCUCACGUACAAUGUGGUGGCCUUCACCGAGAUCAUGCAGAUGGUUUGGAAGCGGCUCAACGACGACGGCAAGAACUGGCGUCAUGUGUACAAAUCGCUUAUGGUGCUAGACUACAUUAUAAAGACGGGCAGCGAGAAGGUCGCUCAGCAGUGCAAGGAGAACUUUCACGCGAUCAAGACGCUCACCAGUUUUCAGUACAUAGACCUGGACAAUAAGGACCAGGGUAUGAACGUUCGAGAGAAGGCCAAACAGCUGGUGGCCCUGCUCUCGGACGACGAGCGACUGAAGAACGAACGCGCCAAGUCGCUGAAGGCGAAGGAACGAUUUGCUCAAAACUCCAUGGGGAUCGGCAGUAACGGCAGGAUUAAGUCCCCUGGACCAGAUGCUGCAGAGACACAUGGUACCCAUUUUGGAAGUGGAAGUCCGACCAUGCAGUCUACAGGCUACCCUGACACGAUGGGUGGUGCUGGAUCAGGUUAUGAUGACCUGUCUCCUGCAAGUAGCACCGCGGGUCGCCGCCUGUCGACGGACCUGGAACAUGCGCGCCCCUCCUCAGUGGGUGAGGAGGAGCUACAGCUGCAGCUGGCACUGGCCAUGAGCAAGGAGGAGCAUGAGGAAGAGGUGCGCAAACAGAAGAGUGACGAUAUCAAGCUGCAGAUGGCCAUCAACGAGAGCAGACGGCAUGCGGACGACGAGCCACCCGAGCAUCCUCAAAAGAAUGCAAAACAUGGACAUGGCAGCCACACAGGGGCAAGGGAAACGACCGACCCUUGGGGUAUGCCACUACAGAAUUCAGCCCCUACUGACCCCUGGGGUGCCCCUCUUGCAGCUGGAGCAAUGCCACGACUCUCACACUCUCCUCAACAGCAACAACAACAACAGGAUGUCUGGGUGCCUCCGGUCCCGCCGGUUCAGAGCACAGACCCCUGGACUGUCCAGUCCGAAAGCAGUUCUUCCAGGACAGGUUCUCAACCAGGUUUACAAACAGCCAAUCCUUGGAGCUCCCCACAGUGGGGCACGUCACCUCCGGCCUCACAGAACAACUCUAAUAACGUGAAUACGGUUUCAUCACCAUCACUGCCGGCCACCAACGGAACAAACAAUAUUGACGAUGCAUUUGAUCUACUGAGUUCACGUAGUGCGGAGGGGUCACCAUCAAAAUCAGGAGCUGCUAGUGCGGCUCAAGCUUUCGAUCCUCUAGCAUCUACGUCGGAGAAUUCUAACAGUAGCUGGAACAUGGAGCCACUGAACCAGUCGUUACCAGAAAGAAAAAAGUCUCCACUGGAUUUCCUUGGUGCACAUACGGGACUAGUAAAUUUAGAUGAACUGGUCUCCAAAGAGCCUACAAAAGGAAACAACCCCUUUACUAGCCCAGCUACAAACAACCCAUUUGAAGUGUCAACGUCGCGAGUUCCGAUGAGUCAAUUACAGAACACGCAGGCGGGGUUUUCUCAGCCAGUGAGCGCAGGACUGCUCCCUACCCCCCUCAUUCCACUGAACACGACACAGCAAGUGCAGGCACAACCUCAAGGCUAUAACCCAUUUUUAUGAGAAGGAAUAGGGAUGAGAAAAUAGGGGGGG